AUGGAAGACAAUGAUGAGAUUGACGUUUUGGACACACUUGCACAAAAUAUGCUUCAUGUUCUUGCACCUCUUCGUCGAGCGUCUCGGCUACGUGAAAGAAACAAUGCAGAAUGGAUGAUCGAUAACGUCCCUGAUUUCGAUUACGAAAAAACAUUACUCGCUGCACCUGUCGCGGAUAACAAUGACGAUGCUGAUUUUGAUUCUCCGUCGGAUCAUGAUGUUUUCUCAAAACUGCAAGAAUUGUUGGUAUGA